AUGGAGAUCAGAUCAAACUCUUACCAGGAGGAGACUUUACUUAUGGCCUAUAAGACAGAAGAUCAUGAGACUCAAUACUGCUUUCCUGCCAUUAACUCAUCAUGCAUCAAGACAAAACGCUCCACACAUGAAUACAAUAUCAUGUAUGUGUUUUUUUCAUUGCUGUCAGUAUGGACUGUGUUUCUGAAUCUGCUGGUGAUCAUCUCCAUCUCUCACUUCAAGAAGCUUCACACUCCAACCAACAUGCUCAUUCUCUCUCUGGCUGUGGCCGACCUGCUUGUAGGACUUAUUGUCAUGCCAUUGGAGGCGAUAAGGUUGAUUGAAACAUGUUGGUACUUUGGAGACACUAUCUGUAGACUGUUUUUAACAAUAAUGGGAUUGCUCACUAAUACAUCUUUGAGUAAUUUAGUUUUAAUAGCUGUUGACCGAUAUGUGGCUGUGUGUCAACCUCUGCUGUACCCACAGAAAAUAACAACGGCUAGAACAAUAAUUAGUAUCUGUGUUUGCUGGUUCUGCUCUUCAGUUUAUACCAAUUCAGCUUUAACUACCUCACAAAGUAGAUACACAUGUUAUGGAGAAUGUACAUUUAUCAUUACUUUUGUCUGGAAAAUCAUUGACCUGUUCCUGUUUUUUCUGCUUCCUUGUACCGUCAUUAUAACUUUAUAUUUGAGAAUCUUUUAUGUCGCACAUCAUCAAGUGAAAGUUAUAAACUCUCUGAUGAGGAGUGGAAAACAUCUAACAGAAGGUUCAGUGAGGAGGAAAUCUGAGAGUAAAGCCGCUCUGACAUUAGGAAUCAUUGUGACGGUUUAUCUGUUUUGCUGGAUUCCCUAUUAUAGUUUAUCUUUAACACCAAUCACAAGCAUGACUUCUGUUAUAGCCUAUUUUAUAUUAUGGAUGUUGUAUAUUAAUUCAGGUCUGAAUCCUCUCAUCUAUGCUAUAUUUUACCCCUGGUUUAGAAUGUCAGUUAAACACAUCCUAAAUCUAUCCAAAAUAUUUAAGCCAGCAUAA